AUGUUCAAAACAAGAGAGCAGCAUGAGGAUCCAUGCAAAAGACCUGCUGUCUUCUAUUUCAAAAGUGUUGUUUCUGGUGCAAAUAAUCGGGUAUGGACAUACUACAUCAGGCACAAUACUAGUGGAAAUUGCUCUCAAAUCACAGUGAGGAAGAAUUUUGAAGAGAUCAGGGUGUUUUCGGAGAAAUUGGAUAUGGGUACUGGACAGGUGAAGGCUUUGCGUCGCCAGUGCUGUGACAUUAUACCAUCUUACAAUAAAUUGAUGACCAUUGGUAUAAGACAGUGCAGGGAUGAUGAACUAAUUGCAAUGCCUGUAUAA